AUGAUGGUGAUCUCGGCUGUCCUGUUCCUCCUCCUCCUCCUCCUCCUUGGUCUCUUGCUUCUCUGGAGUCACCCUACCUCCAGGGGCUGUCUUCCUCCUGGACCUCGACCUCUUCCCUUCCUGGGGAACAUUUUGCAAAUAGACCCCAAAGGUUUCCUCAAGUCAUUCCUGGCGCUACGAGACAAAUACGGCGAUGUCUUUACAGUCUACCUGGGGCCCCGACCUGCUGUUGUCCUGUGUGGGUACAAGGCAGUAAAAGAAGCCCUGGUGGAUCAGGCAGAGACAUUCUCUGGUCGAGGACCUAUUGCCAUAAUUGACCCUGUCUUCCAGGGAACUGGUGUGAUCUUUGCCAAUGGAAAGUCUUGGAAGGUCCUUCGACGAUUCUCUCUGGCCACCAUGAGGGACUUUGGGAUGGGGAAGCGGAGCAUUGAGGAGCGAAUCAAAGAGGAAGCUCAGUGUCUAGUGAAGGAGCUACGGAAAUCCCAGGGGGCCUAUCUGGACCCAACCUUCCUCUUUCAUUCCAUCUCGGCCAACGUCAUCUGCUCGAUUGUUUUUGGUGAGCGCUUUCAUUACCAUGAUCCCCAAUUCUUACGACUGCUAAAUUUACUGAAUGAAAUCUUCACCAUUGUCAGCUCUUUCUACAGCCAGGUGUUCGAACUCCUCUCCGGCAUCUUGAAACACUUCCCGGGUCCCCACAUGCAUUUGUACAGCAAAAUUCAAGAAGUGAAAGAUUUUAUUACUGAGAAUAUUGAGAUGCACCGGAAGACACUGGAUGCCAGCUCCCCAAAGGACUUUAUUGAUUCUUUUCUGAUUAACAUGGACAAGGAGCGCUUUGAUCCCCAGAGUGAGUUCCACGAGAAGAACCUUGUCCACACGGUACUCUCUCUGUUCUUCGCUGGCACAGAAAGCACCAGCACCACUCUGCGCUACGCACUGCUCAUCCUUCUAAAGAAUCCGGAUGUCACAGAGAAGAUUCAAGCAGAGAUAGACAGAGUGAUUGGCCCACACCGGCUCCCAGCUCUUGAAGACCGGGCAAAAAUGCCUUAUACAGAUGCAGUCAUUCACGAGAUUCAGAGAUUCAGUGACCUCGCUCCAAUUGGUGUCCCCCAUUGUGUCAUCAAGGAGACUUAUUUCCGGGGUUAUCAUCUCCCUAAGGACACUACUGUGUACCCCAUAAUGAGUUCUGUCCUCCAUGAUCCACUGCACUUUGAGAAGCCAAAUGACUUCUACCCUGGCCAUUUCCUUGAUGCAGAGGGUAACUUCCGUAAGCAGGAAGCCUUCAUCCCAUUCUAUAUGGGAAAGCGUCUCUGUAUAGGCGAAGGGUUGGCCCGCUCAGAGCUCUUCCUCUUUUUCACCUCGAUGCUGCAGAAUUUUUCCUUGGGCUCCUCAAAGGCACCUGAAGACAUUGACCUCACACCACGGGAGAACGGGCUGGGGAAACUGCCUCCUGUGUUCCAGCUCUGCUUCCUUCCCCGCCAGGAAGGGUGGAAGGGAAGCAGAGACCCUCAGAGUCCUGAAGAAUGA